AUGAGCCGGACGGAACAGACCAUAACUUGUCCUAUAUGUGGGAAGAAAGUAGCGUUCCUUAAAAUCAAUGCUCAUUUAGAUGAGUGCACUGAAGAGCCCAAAAAAACCAUUCAUCAGCCAACACUCCAAACUUUCCUUGGAAGUAAACGGAAACAUGAAGAAAUUACAAUUCUUGAUGACCCCGAUUCUUCUAGUGAAUCAUGUAAAACUAGAACCUCAGAAACCAAUGAGGCAAGCAGUCCAAACUCUUCAAUUAAAAGACAGAGAAUUCUAAACCAAAGGAAACCUAUUAUGGAUGGGGCAGAUUUUGAGACUAAACAACUAUUAAAAAUACAAUAUUUGCCGUUAAGCGAAAAGCUACGACCAAAAUCACUCAACGACUAUAUUGGACAACAGCAUAUACUCAAUAGGGAAACCGGUUCUCUAUAUUUAUAUAUUGAAAAAGGAAUAAUACCAUCUAUGAUUUUAUGGGGGCCUCCUGGUGUUGGUAAGACCUCUCUAGCGAGGCUAUUGGCAUCUACAAUUAACCAGGAUCUAAAUGCAACAUCCAAAUAUAUCUUAGUAGAGACUAGCGCUACCAAAGUUAACACCACCGAACUCCGAAAUAUCUUUGAAAGAAGUAAAAAAGAGUAUCAUUUAACGAAAAGGAUGACCGUUUUAUUCAUUGAUGAAAUACAUCGUUUUAGUAAGUCGCAACAGGAUGUAUUAUUACCUCAUGUUGAAAAUGGCGACAUUAUUUUAAUUGGAGCUACUACGGAAAAUCCAAGUUUCCAAUUGAACAAUGCAUUAUUAAGUCGGUGCCAAUUAUUUGUACUAGAAAAACUGAACGAUAAAGAAUUAAAAGUUGUAUUGACGAGAGCUAUAGCAAUGUUGAAUAAAUUUCGGUCCUUGGUAUGGAAUUGUACUACGCCUUUAAAGUUUGAUGAUCAGUGCUUUUCUUACAUUCACAAUCUUGCAAUGGGAGAUACACGACGAGCAAUCAAUCUAUUAGAACUUUUGGAAAUUUCAACUCGAUUUAAGAUAGACGGGCCUGUAAGUAUGGAGAAAGUAAAAGAACUUAUUCAAAGUAGUGGUGAACUUCGAACAUAUUACGAUACCCAUGGAGAAAACCAUUAUGAUACGAUAUCUGCCUUUCAUAAAAGCGUAAGAGGUGGCGAUGAAAAUGCAGCAUUAUAUUAUUUAGCCAGGAUGCUACAAGGUGGUGAAGAUCCUCUUUUUAUUGCUAGGAGAAUGAUCCGAAUAGCUAGUGAAGAUAUCGGUUUAGCAGAUCCAUCUCAAUUGCCGUUUACAGUAGCUGCUCAUGAUGCUGUAAUAAAAGUAGGUUUGCCAGAAGCAGAACUAGCUCUCGCUCAGUGUGCUGUCUCUUUAUGUCGUGCCAAUAAAUCCGUGGAACUAUAUAGAGGAUGGAAUAAAUUAAAAGCUAUGCUUAAAAGCAACGCUUAUGGUUCAGCAGAUUGUCCCAUACCUCUUCAUAUCAGAAAUGCACCAACAAAAAUGAUGGAGGAAUUAGGAUACGGUAAAGGCUAUAAAUACAACCCUAACUACAAGGGGGGUAAAGUUUCGCAGGAGUAUUUCCCUCAGGAAUUGAUUGACCAAUGUGGUCGCAAAGAACUCUUAUUUUUAAAUGGGGAAGCGCUUGGCGAUAUGGAAGAUCCUGAUCUUCUGAAGGAUAAACCAUAA